GGGUCAGAUGCUGCAGCAGCUGAGAGCUAGGGGCUGAGCUGCUGCUGCAUUGCUGAGCAGGGGCUGUGCUGGGAGAGACCUUCAUCAAAGCCCCUCGGUGCCCAGCCCAGGGUGGGGCAAACUCCAGUGUCUGGAGCCAGCUCUCUGGGGCAGCCCCGGACAGCUCCUCAGCCAGAUUCCAGGAGUUCCAGUGCUCAAGGCUGAAGUUACCUCCUUGCUGAAAGCAGAGGAAGAGCCAUGGGUCCUGGGUCCUCAGGGGUCCAAGGAACAGAGAGUCCAAGAAGCAUCAUUGUAGCAGGUGACAGGGCCGUGAGUGAGACUAAGGAGGAUAAUCAUCAGCUGAAGGAUUUUGAGUAUGUGGAACCACCUGGGACAGUACUCAGAAGAGCUGAAAGGGGCGCUGCCCAGAGGCCUGAGCAGAGAGAAGCUUGUGGGUCUCAGAUGCUAAGUGGGGCACCCCCCAGCAAGAGAGGCAGCAGGUCUUCUGCUCAAGGGGGACAAGGAGUGAAUAACCCUGAAGCACUCACCCUGCAGAAGAACCCCAGUGAAAUGAGAUCAAACCUGUGCAGUGAGUGUGGGAAAAGCUUCCUCUGGAGAUCAAGGCUGAUCGCCCAUCAGCGGUUCCACACCGGAGAGAAACCCUACAAGUGUCAUGACUGUGGGCAGAGCUUCAACAAGAGCUCUGCCCUGACCGUGCAUCAGAGGAUCCACACAGGCGAGAAGCCUUUCAAGUGCCCUGACUGUGGGAAGAGCUUUAAUCGGAGUUCAAACCUCAUCCAGCAUCAGAGGAUCCAUGUGGAGGAGAAGCCCUACAAGUGUCAGGACUGUGAGAAAAGCUUUAAUGACAGCCGGCACCUUGUCCGGCACCAGAGAUCCCACUCUGGAGACAAGCCAUACCAGUGUACGGACUGUGGGAAGAGCUUCAGUCAGAAAUCGGAUCUCAGCAGACACCGAGGAACCCACCUAGGGGAGAAACCUUUUAAAUGUGCUGACUGUGAGAAGAGCUUCAGCCAGAGCUCUGAUCUCAUCCGACACCAGAAAACCCAUGCAGGAGAGAAGGCCUACCAGUGCCUAGAAUGUGGGAAAAUCUUCAGCCGGAGCUUGAACCUCAUCACCCACCAGAGAAUCCACAUGGGAGACAAACCCUAUCGCUGUCCCAACUGUGGGAAGACCUUCAGUCAGGAAAUAGAUCUCAUGAGACACAGAGGAACCCACCUUGGUGAGAAACCAUUCAAGUGCACUGACUGCGAGAAGAGCUUCGGCCAGAGCUCCGAUCUCAUCCGACACCAGAGAACCCACUCAGGAGAAAAGCCCUACCAGUGCCCCGACUGUGGGAAAAUCUUCAGCCAGAGCUCAAACCUCACCACCCACCAGCGCAUCCAUACAGCGGACAAGCCCUACCCGUGCCUUGAUUGUGGGAAGAGCUUCAGUCAGAAAUCUGAUCUCAUCCGGCACCAGCUCAGCCAUUCACAAGAGAAGCCCUACAAGUGCCCUGACUGUGGGAAGAGCUUCAGCCGGAGCUCAAACCUCACCACCCACCAGAGAAUCCACACGGGAGACAAACCCUACCACUGUGCUAACUGCGGGAAGAGCUUUGCAUACAACUCAGUUCUCAUUAGACACCAGAGAAUUCAUCUAGGGGAUAAGCCAUACAAGUGUGACGAGUGUGGGAAGAGAUUCAGCCGCAGUCUGAACCUGGUGAUUCACCAGCGUGUGCACACGGGGGAGAGACCCUACAAGUGCCCCGACUGCACCAAGUGCUUCAAGAACAGCUCGGGCUUCCUGCGCCACCAGCUGGCUCACACAGGGGACAAGCCCUUCAUCUGCCCUGACUGUGGGAAGAGCUUCAACCGGAGCUCCACACUUAUCACACACCAGCGCACGCACACGGGGCAGCAGCCCUACAAAUGCGCGCGCUGUGGAAAGGCCUUCAGCCAGAGCUCCAACCUGAUCCGGCACCAGCGCACCCACGGUGGGGAGAAGCCCUACCCCUGCCCCGACUGUGGGAAGAGCUUCAGCCAGAGCUCCAACCUCAUGACCCACCAGCGCAUCCACACAGGUGAGCGCCCCUACAAGUGCCCCGAGUGCGGCAAGGGGUUCAUCCAGAUUGCCAGCCUCGUCUCACAUGAACGUACCCACCUGGAAGGGCGACCCUAUGCCUGCCCUGACUGCGGGAAGCGCUUCCGCUACAGCUCCAGCCUGGCCUCCCACCAGCGCACCCACACGGACGAGAACCCCUACAAGUGCCCCGACUGCGGGAAGAGCUUCCCACAGAGCUCCAACCUGAGUCGGCAUCAGCGCAUCCACACAGGCGAGAAGCCCUAUGUGUGCCCCGACUGUGGGAAGGGCUUCAUCCAGAACAUAGACACUGCUCACCAGAGAAUCAUCAGUGAAGAGAGACCAACCAUAUGUGAGGAGUGUGGUAGAAGCUUCAGCCGCACCUCAAACCUCAUUGUGCACCAAAGACUCCAUGCUGGAGAGAAACCCUAUAAAUGUCUUGACUGUGGGAAGACCUUCAGCCGGAGCUCUCACCUGAUCACCCACCAGAGACUGCACACCGGGGAGAAGCCCUACAAGUGCUCCGACUGCGGGAAGAGCUUCAGUGACAGCUCCACCCUCAUCACCCACCAGAGACUCCACACGGGAGAGAAGCCCUACAAGUGCCCCGACUGCGGGAAGGGCUUCAACCAGAGCUCCAACCUCACUUCCCACCAGAGGACACACACAGGAGAGAGACCCUAUAAAUGCCCCGAGUGUGGGAAGAGCUUCAGCGUGAGCUCCUACCUCAUCCGGCACCAGAAAAUCCACACAGGGGAGAGACCCUACAAGUGUGAGGAGUGUGAGAAGAGCUUCAGUCAGAGCUCAAGCCUUAUUAAUCACCAGCGAGUGCACACGGGGGAGAAACCCUACAAGUGCAUUGACUGCAACAAAUGGUUCAGGAACAGCUCGGACUUGAUUAGACACCAGAGGACCCACACGGGCGAGAGACCCUACCGAUGCCCUGACUGUGGGAAGAGCUUCAACCGCAACUCGAACCUCAUGACUCACCAACGGACUCACACAGGGGAGAAACCAUACGAGUGCCCUGUGUGUGGAAGGAGCUUCACAGUGAGCUCAGCCUUGAUUAAGCACCAGAGGACACACCGGGAGGGGCAGCCUUAUAAGUGUCCGGACUGUGGCAAGAGCUUCAUCCGCUGCUCGAAUUUUAUUACACACCGGAGAAUCCACUUGGGCUAGGCGUCGCCAGCCACGCCAGGUUUCCCUGCUCUGCUUGCCCCAGCUCAGUAGGGCCUGUUGGGAGACUGGAGUUGCAGUGUGGGGUCUGGCAGGCUCUGUGGAAACUGCUGGUUCGCGGGGGCCUGGGAAUUUGAAGAACAGGUUUUGACACACAGAGGAAUAGAGAGGGUAAAAUCACCUUGUUUUAGAUUUCAAGAACUUUGGUAAAUUUAGCCCCAUAAUUCUCCCUUACAGCAUUAGACGGGAUGGGUCACAAUGAUUUGUCUCUUACCUGGGAAUUCUUGUGUGCUCAUGAUGUGAACAUCUGUAAUGGAUGGAUUGCAUUAAUAAGCCUGUUUGUGGGUUAUAGCAAGGAUUUACUAAGCUAUAGAGACUACAGAAAUAAACUCCAUCUUGGAGAAACUAUACGCGACAAUAAGGGCAUUUGAGGUAGAUAUCUUGGAUAAAAGUGUUCCCUAGAGAAUUUACUGACAUACAUUUCACCUAAGUAACAGACUUCUGAACAUGCCUGUUCUCUAGCCUAGUGACAGCAUGGUCAUGCUAAAUGAAAUAUUUGUUGGACAGUGUGUCCCCCAGUUACUGAAAGCAUGUAAAUGAUUUUAAAAUAUAUUGCGCCUUUGUAUAUCACUAGCCAGCCUCACCUUGCCUAUCCAGAAUUAAAAUUCAGUUAAUAAACAUCAACCAAGUGCACUCUGUCUGGGGAAUUUUAGAUUAGUUCAACACAAAGCUGCCUUAACAGAAAACAGUAUUUGUAAACCCCCAAAGGGUAGCUAAGGCCUAAAGCAAUUAUAAUCUAGACUAUAGUGUCACUCAAGGCUCUAUAACUUGCUAGAACUAAGAUAUUCAUAUAAGUCAUUGUUUUAACUUCCAGCACUAUUUUAACACUUGGUGAGAGUAACACAGAAAACUAAGACUGUGAUGAUGUAUGGUGAUGCUUCCAUUUGAAUUACCGUGGAAAUGAUACUUUACCUGUGUCGACAUGUUAAUGUGACAUUUGUGUGAGAAAGGCUUGGCUCUGCACUAACAUCAUCCUCUCAGAGGGCAAAUUGAAAGUGAAUUGGCAUUUUGGAAAUUAGGCAGCUGUUUCUAUCUUUUAAGGGUGCUUGAUCUCAGAGCUGUUACUGACAGGCCUCUAAUUUUUUAUCUGUUACAAAAUGUGAUUGGUAAAUUGAGACAGACCUGUGCUAAGGCUUAAUCGCAGUACCAAAAAUCAGCUCCCCUGAAGUAUAACAACUUUACUACAGAUCAGUAAGACUUGGAUGUCAAGUGGCUUGAUUUAUUACUUCUUGGUAUAUUGUUUUUAACUCCCUAUGUUAAAUUGAUUCAUUUAAAUUGUGUGAGCUUUAUUCAUUUUCAAAUUCUGUUUUGAUUAAUAAACCUUAUACUAUAAUAAAUGUAGUUUUGGUA